UUGUUGAGCGCACAUUUCCUGACGUCACUUCCUCCACAUGUGAGGGGACUCCACGCUUGUGAAGAGGAACUCAGCCCCAAACAGCGUCUAAUAUCAGAUUAAACCACAUUUUCCCGUCCUAUGACUGUAGAUAGCAGCGUGAUGGAGACUCUGGAAGAAGAGACGCUGCUCGGCGAGGACUCGGACGAGGAAAACAGCGAAUUGUCAGAUGGAGAGCUUCAAGAAGCGUUCGCAAAAGGUUUGUUAAAGCCUGGCAUGAACGUUGUGGCCGACGAAAACAAAAAGUACAUUAAUAAUGUGGAGGGGUUGAAGCAGUGCCUUGCUGACCUGCGUAAAGACCUUCCCUGGGUGGAGAGAUUGGAUAUGACCAACCCACCUGCAGAAAACAUCCUUUCCAAAGCCGACGGAAAAGAUCCAGCUGUGACAAAUGGAGAACUAAAUGCAGAUGAUGAUUUCCAAAGGGAGAUGUUCUUCUACCGCCAAGCUCAGGCCACAGUCCUGGAAGCUCUGCCCCUCCUGAAGCAGCACGAUAUCGCCACAAAGAGGCCUGAUGAUUACUUUGCGGAGAUGGCCAAGUCAGAUCAGCAAAUGCAAAAGAUCAGGAAAAAGCUACUCUCCAAGCAAAUGAUGCUAGAACGGUCAGAGAAGGCCAAGAAGCUGCGCGAACAACGCAAGUUUGGCAAAAAGGUUCAAAUAGAAGUGAUUCAGAAGAGACAGAAGGAGAAGAAGGCAAUGAUGUCUGCUGUCAAGAAAUACCAGAAAGGAAUGACCGACAAGCUGGACUUCUUGGAAGGAGAUAAAGGCAAAGCUGAUCCUGAAAAGUUGAAGAAAGCAAUCAAGAACAACCCGAGUGCUAAGAGAAAGUACAAGGAUCAGAGGUUUGGCUUUGGAGGCAAAAAAAGUGGAAAGAAGUGGAACACCAAAGAGAGCUACAAUGAUGUGUCCAGUUUCAAUGCCAAGGUGGCUCAUUCCAGACCUGGAGGGAAGAAGAAAGGCAAAGGAGGCAAACAGAAUAAACGUCCGGGCAAGGCGGCGCGCAAGAAGAUGAAGAGUCGCUCGUAAAA